UGUGUACUUAAUGAGGAGUCCCUAGUGCUUUAGAGUUGUUAAAAUCUUUACUGAGCACACCACUGAGGAUGAGGUCAGUAGACUUGGUGUUUAUCGUCAUAUUAGCCAUCUCCAGAGAACUCUAUGCAGAAGAGAAACCUUGUGGUCUUCCUAAUGUGGAAAAUGGAAGGAUUGCCCAAUAUUACUAUUCUUUUAAAAGUUAUUACUUUCCAAUGAGCAUACACAAAAAAUUGUCAUUUUCCUGCUUGCCUGGCUACACAACUGAAACUGGGAGACAAGAGGAGCAGACCACAUGUGCUGCGGGAGGCUGGUCCCCAGAGCCGAGGUGCUUCAGAAAAUGCACCAAGCCUGAUCUGAUAAAUGGUUACAUCUCUGAUGUAAAAAUACUGUACAAAAUUCAAGAGAGCAUGAAUUACAGUUGUGCUUCAGGACACAAAACCACGAGUGGGAAGGAUGAAGAGGUGGUGCAGUGUCUUGCGAAUGGGUGGUCCUCUCAGCCAACCUGCAGGAAGGAACAAGAAACGUGCCUGGCACCUGAAUUAUAUCAUGGAAAUUAUUCCACAACAGAGAAAAUAUUCAGAGUGAAGGACAAGGUGCGAUAUGAAUGUGCUACAGGCUAUUACACGGCCGGAGGGCAGACGGCGGAGGAGGCUGAGUGCCUCCCGUUUGGAUGGUCCCUCACGCCCAAGUGUGCCAAAUUAACUUGCUCUUCUUUAAGAUUAAUAGAAAAUGGUUAUUUUCAUCCUAUAAAGCAAACCUAUGAAGAAGGAGAUGUAGUUCAGUUUUUCUGUCAUGAAAAUUAUUAUCUAAGUGGAUCUGAUUUAAUUCAGUGCUAUGACUUCGGCUGGUACCCAGAAUCUCCUAUAUGUGAAGGAAGAAGAAAUCGAUGUCCUCCUCCACCUCUGCCUCCAAACUCCAAAACUCAAACGUACUCGACAGCAUAUCGCCAUGGAGAAAUCAUUCACAUAGAAUGUGGACUUAAUUUUGAAAUACAGGGAUCAGAAGAAAUACGUUGUGAAAAUGGAAAAUGGACAGAGCCUCCAAAAUGCAUUGAAGAAAAGGAUAAGAUAGCCUGUGAGGACCCACCCUUGGUUGAGAACGGUGCCCCAACGUCAUCUGCUACCAUUCAUUACAGUGGGGAUAAAGUGGCAUAUGGGUGUGGAAGCGGCUAUCAUCUCCGUGGAUCCGAAGAAAUCACUUGCACACGUGGAAAAUGGACACUGCCCCCUGAGUGUGUCGAAAAUAAUGAGAAUUGUAAGCCUCCACCUGAUGUAAUAAAUGGGGCUGUUGUUGAUGGGUUACUCGCAAGCUACACGACAGGAUCCUCAGUGGAAUAUAGAUGUGAUGAAUAUUACUUAUUGAAGGGAGCAAAAAUAUCUCAUUGUGAACAAGGAAAAUGGUCACCCCCACCCGUUUGCUUAGAGCCAUGUGCUGUUAAUAUGGAUUUCAUGAACAGGAAUAACAUAGAGAUGAAGUGGAAGUAUGCAGGAAAGAUCUUACAUGGAGAUUUGGUAGAUUUUGCAUGUAAACAGGGGUAUGACUUGUCUCCAUCGACCCCACUGUCUGAGCUGUCUGUGCAGUGCAAUAGAGGAGAAGUGAAAUAUCCUGUAUGUAUUAGAAAAGAAUCUGUAGGAAUGUGUGCAUCUCCUCCACUUAUUAAAAAUGGAGUCAUUAUUAGUUCAACAGUAGACACCUAUGAAAAUGGUUCCUCAGUGGAAUACAGAUGUUUUGAACACCAUUUCCUUCAAGGAUCUAAGGAGUCCUAUUGUGUGGAGGGAGUGUGGACCACCCCACCAUUGUGUUUGGAGCCAUGCACAUUAUCUUUUAUUGAAAUGGAAAAGAAUAAUUUACUCCUGAAAUGGAAUUUUGACAAUAGACCAUCAAUUUUCCAUGGCGAGUAUGUUGAAUUUCUUUGUAGAAGAGAUACUUAUAUAGCUGAGUCAUCUAUUGGAUCUGAAGUUAGAGUGCAGUGUGACAGAGGGCAGUUGAAAUACCCAAGAUGUGUCCAAAUAAAAAGGACACUGUCUUAUCAAGAACCUUUAAGGACAAAGAAAUGAAUGGCAGAAAGAAGAAUAGUAGUCCAACACAUCAUAAAAUCCUUUGUAAAACAUCAUUUUUAAAGAAAAAUGUUGAAUUAAAAGCCUGCAGUUCUCCUACACCAGCUGGGCGCCCUACAGUUCAACUCGAUUCUGACACGAUCUACCUGGAGAAAGCAUGAGAUCCCACGGGUCAGGGGCUCGGUCCGCAGGACUGCCGCCACCCCCUUCAGGAGCCAAUCUCAAGUGCAGUUUGUCAUCUGUGUUUCUGACCAUCUGGCUAUAGACCAGAGGUUCCCACGACCUUCUCCUUGGGUUGGUUAAUUUGCUAGAGCAGAUAACAGAACUCAAGGAAGCAUUCUAUUUACUUCAUACCAGUUAAUUAUGAAAGGAUAUAACUUAGACGCAAGAGAUGAACAGGGCAAGGUGGUGGGAGGGGCGGGAGCUCCCACACCCUCUGAGUAUGCGCCUCUCUCAGCACCCCCAAGUGCUCCCCACCCCAGGAGCUCUUGGAACCUCAUCCUUUCGGGCUGUGGAGGCUCCAUAACAUGGCAUGAUAGCCGGACACUGGCAGCUGGCUCAGCCUCCAUCCCUCUGCACUCCCUGGAGGUCAACGAGUGAGGCUAAGAAUUCCAAUUUCUUAAGACACGGUUGAUUCCUUGUGCAACCAGCACCUUCCUUAGCUACUUUCCAAAAUUCACCCCAUUAGCAUAAGUAAAGGCACCUUUAUCACUCUCCUAGGAAAUCCCAAGUCUUUAGGGGCUUGUGCAAGAAAAGAUGACAACAGCAAAGUGUAUAUUACUUAUUAUAAGUUGCAAUCUCACAACUGUGGAAUAAAGAAAAGCUGAGUACUAUUCCAGGGACCACCAAAAAGAUUUCUAAGGCCUAAAUAUUGAAGUUUUCACUAAAUCUGGGAGUCUCAAAAUCACCACCCAUGAAAACUAAAUACCACCAUUAAUUAAGUUGAACGCUAAACAAUUGGCACCCACAUUCCUGCUAAACGGCAAGGAAAAUGUUUGCCUUUCCCUCAGUUCCCUUGGAGCCAGCACGUAUGUCGCCCCCGACUCUAUCCUUUACAUGGCGUAUCUUAUGUAAGUGCCAUGUAUGCCUUUGAAGUUCUCUUUCUUGUGUGUUUUUGAGGAUAUAAAACCUUUGAAAGACAUGGGCCCCUUGGAACAUUUCUUUUCCCACCUUCCGACGGCAAUCAACAUUUCUGUGCUUUUAAGACCUCAGUUUGGCUCAAAUAAAACCAUCUUUAUUUCAAGGUGAUUUUAAUGGAUUUUUACUACAAAGACAUUAACACUGUUGUGAGUUAGCUGGGACUGUAGUAUGCUGGCAGCAUAGUAAGGCCCCUGCUGGUUUUCAUUUUUGUUUAUUUUUGCUUGAAGAAAUUUUCUUCUUUUUUUUCUUUGCAAGAAUUUUGUUUUUUAUAUUGUAUUUUCUUUUUUGAUCAAAUACCUGUGUGGAAAUGUAUUGAGUUAUUAUUUCAUCUGUAUCUGUUAAAAUGUUCAAUCUGUAACAAAUUCAUAAAUAAAAAACAUUCUUCUUUCAGGCUCAGUUUGUACUCUGCUGGUUCAGCAGGAUUAGGCCAUAAGAUAUGCUUUCACCAGGGGACAAAUCAAUACUUCCACCUACUGAAAG